GAAAUUGAGCGACUGUGGCAUUUUGCUUAGAGUUGACAUUCGCAAGAUUUUGGUUCAAGGUUCAACAUGACUGAAGAAACCUCGCAGCAAGCAAUGGGGGACAUACCCGAAGCAGAGAGAAGUGACGGUGAUCUGAGUGUCACUUGGUGAUUUUGUAGGGAAAGUUGACUUCGGAGUUAGUAACAAUACAUAUGAACUCAAGGAUCAUCAAAUAAGAUUGCACCUUUUGACCCAACCAAGAAGAAGAAAAAGAAGAAGGUUGUCAUUCAGCAUCAUUUGGUUGAUUCUUUGCAUAACUCAAUGGGGAGAGAAGUGAAUGAAAGUGGAAGAAAUGCGUUUCUUGGUUCAACAAAGAAGAAAAUAUCAGUAGGAACCAGUAAAUUGCUUGAUUACGAUUCUGAUGCUGCUGGAGACAUGUAUGAUAGUGGUGAGGCAGAUGAGGAAGAAGAUGCACUUGUUCAACAAUCUAGGUACCCUUUGGAAAGAAGUGAACGUGUUUACGAGUAUAAAGAGCUUCUACAAAGAGUGUUUAGUCUUCUGCUUGAAAAUAAUCCUCAGCGUGCUGAAGAUAAGCGAAGAUCAGUUUUGAGGCCACCUCAAAUUCUCCCAGAAGGUACCACACGGACAGUCUUGGUGAAUAUCAUGGAUCUAUGUAAAACGAUGCAUAGGCAGCCAGAGCAACUGAUAAAUUUUCUGCUAAUCGGACUGGGCACUAGUGGAACAUUAGAUGACGAGAACAAAUUGAUACUUAGGGGAAGAUUUGCUCCUAAAAGUUUAGAGAAUUUAUUGCAAGAAUAUAUCAAUGAAAAUGUCCUUUGUAAUAUUUGUAGAACUCCAGACACAAUUCUUUCAAAAGAAAACAACAUCGUCCUCCUCCAGUGUGAGCUGUGUGGUUCUGAACGACCUGUGGCUCCCAUUGGAGCUGUUUAUGGUACUCGUAUAGCGCGUAGGAAGACUGGGACAUAAACUGCAGUUAUUAUUUUCUGCCUUUUGUGACAGUUACAACUUACAACACAAGAUAGGACUACUUUUUCUGUUCACCUGAAGCUUCGUCUCAACAGUCAUCCCCCUUGAAGUUGGAUCACACAGGUUUGGGAUUAAGAAGUCUUAAGCAUAUUUAUCCAGCAAGGCCUCGACAUGAGCACCUUUAACAGCAAUCCAUGGCCGAUAAGCAACAUAUAUACUUCAGUUUUCUUGCCAGUUCCAAUACAGAGUCCACAACGCAUUCCAGAGGCUAUUUUGCUUCUAUUUAAUGUUUUUUUUUUGCUCAUUUGGAUUACUUUAAAUGAACAUUAAAAUAAUACACACCUUGUUCGACACUCGUCUGGAAUAAUACCAAAUGCACACCUUGUUCUAGGUGCGCUUGGUGCAUAAUAAGUAGAAAAAAUUAAUUUAAAUAA